AUGAAAAUCAAACAAUUGCUUAAAAAGAAAAGAUUGGUCUUAGAUGGAGCUUUAGGUACAGAAUUGGAGAAUCACUUACCCAAGGAUUCUCCAAUUCAACCAAAAGGAAACCCAUUAUGGUCAGGGAUGGUCUUGUUGAAAGAUCCCAAAUUAGUUGAACAAGUGCAUUCCAACUAUCUUGAUCUGGGUGCUGACAUAAUAACUACUUCGACUUAUCAAAUUUCGUACGCCAGCUUGAGAAAGUAUACAAAUCUAAAUGACAAGGAAAUCUUGGAUUUAUGGAACAAAUCAAUUGACGUGGCUCAAGAAGCAAUAAGGAAAUCAGGAAAGUCUAAGAAAGUAAUAGUGGGAUCUGUUGGGCCAUAUGCUACUUAUCUUUGUAAUUUUUCUGAAUAUACUGGAGAUUAUGGGGAUGCUUCCAAUGGGGACUUGGAGAAGCAUCACUUACCAAUGAUUAAGUUCUUUGUUGAGAAUAAAAAAGUAGAUGUAAUUGGGUUUGAAACAAUGCCAAGAUUCAAUGAGGUAAAAGUUGUUAUUAACAUAAUGAAGAGAUUGAACAUCAAGAAGGAAUUUUAUGUCAGCAUUAAUUGUAUCAAGGUAGGAGAGAUGGUGGAUGGAACUCCAAUCCAAGAGUUGGUCACCUGUUUGCAAAAGGAACUAAGGGAUAACAAAUAUUUUAUUGGAUUGGGAAUUAAUUGUACUCAUUUCGAUUUAAUCAAUGAAAUUAUCAGUGAGAUAGAUGGUCUCCCCUUGAUAUUAUACCCAAAUUUCCCAUUCGAAGACCCGGACAUAGAUCAUAGUGGAUGGAAGCAAGAGGUUUUCAAAUGGCUAGAGUUCAAAAAUGUAAGGAUAAUUGGUGGGUGUUGUAAUACAGGUCCGGCUGAAAUCAGACAAAUUUCAGAGCUAGUUAAUAAGUAG